AUGUCUGACAUCGGUCGCCAGGGUCUCGGAGACAAGCUCGCCUCCUCCGCCAAGCCCGACUCGCAGAAGUCGUACCUCGAGCAGGCCGGUGACUUCGUCAAGGACAAGGCCGACGCCGUCGCCUCGGCUGUCCAGCCUCAGCAGGAGAAGUCGACCACCCAGAAGAUCGGCGACGCCGUCUCGGGCAACAACACCAACCGCAACAUCUAA